UGUUAUCAAAGCGAUUUGAGUUCGUUUUGUACAUUAGUUUGAUAGCUAAUGUGUGUGUGUGUGUACCGUAGUUCAAACCUUCUCAGCCUUAGAUCUAGAUCUAGUUGUGUGUCGAUUUAUAUUUCUAUUUGAGAUCUAUGACCCCUAACAGCUGAACCUAACAGUAUGCCUAGAGAAAGCAGGUCGUACAGAAAACGAUCUACCUCUAGAGAGAGGGAAAGAGAUCGUGACCGUGAUCGUGAUCGUGAUCGUGAUCGCAAGAGAAGAAGUCGUUCACGAAGCAAGUCCAGAAGAUCUCGAUCAAGAGAGAGAAACCGCAGAUCUCGUUCCAGGGAAAAGAAGAGGAGCCGUUCUCGCGAAAGAGAAAGAGAGAAGAAAGAGAAACGCAAAAGAUCUGUUUCAAAGGAAAGAAGUCACAGUAGUAGUGUCAAGCGAAAGUCCAAGAGUAAGUCAAAGUCUCCGUCUCCUGUGAAGGUUGUGAAGAAAGAGCCCCCUGCUCCAAUCCCUGAGAAAAAGAAAGCCAGUUCUCCUGUUGUAGAAACAAAAGCGAAAGAUGAACCAGUGGAUAAGGAGGAGGAACAAAAGCGCUUGGAAGUGGAAAUGCAGAAACGCCGUGAACGCAUUGAACAGUGGCGUGCUGAGAGGAAAAAGACGCAAGAGUUGUUGCCGGUCAACAUUGCUCCAACCACCAAAAAAUGGACUCUAGAAGAUGACGACGAUGAGGAGGAAGAUGGUGGCGGGGACGGGAAAGAGGAGGAUGAUGAAGUGGAUCCUCUUGAUGCGUACAUGCAGUCUGUGAAUGAUGAAGUGAAGACUUUGAAAGAGAAAGACAAAAAAUCAGUUGGUGGGGAAGAGGGGAAAGUUGUCACUCGAAUCAUGACUGUUGUGAAAAAAGAAGACCCUGCCAAGGAGAAAGGGGAACUCAUGCUGAACAACAUGGAUGCAUUGGAGUAUUCAUCUGAAGAAGAGGAAGAAGAUCUGGAUUCAACCAUGGCGAAUUAUGCAAAGCGCAAAAAGGAUUUGAACUCCGUUGAUCAUGAGAAAAUCUACUAUGCUUCUUACCGCAAGUCCUUCUAUGUCGAGGUGCCUGAAAUUGGUCGCAUGACUGCUGAAGAGGUGGAAGGCCUGAGGAAUGACCUUGAAGGCAUCACUGUGAGAGGCAAACACUGCCCCAAGCCAAUCAAGACCUGGGCGCACUGCGGGGUCAGUAAGAAGGUCAUGGAUGCUUUGAAAAGAAACAACUAUGAGAAGCCAACCCCCAUCCAGUCCCAAGCCAUUCCAGCCAUAAUGUCAGGGCGAGACGUGAUUGGCAUUGCCAAGACCGGCAGUGGAAAGACGCUGGCCUUUGUCCUUCCUAUGAUUCGGCACAUCAUGGAUCAGCCGCCGCUUGAAGAAGGGGAUGGACCUAUCGCCAUCUUGAUGAUUCCAACCAGAGAACUGGCAUUGCAGAUUUCAACUGAGUGCAAGAAGUUCACUAAACCUCACGGUCUCAAAGUGGUCUGUGUCUAUGGAGGAACUGGCAUCUCGGAGCAAAUUGCAGAGUUGAAAAGGGGCUGCGAGGUUAUUGUGUGCACACCUGGGCGCAUGAUUGACAUGUUGACGGCUAACAAUGGAAGGGUGACCAACUUGCGGCGUGUUACCUACAUUGUUUUGGAUGAGGCAGACAGAAUGUUUGACAUGGGUUUUGAACCUCAGGUAAUGAAAAUCAUUGACAAUGUGCGACCAGAUCGACAGACAGUUAUGUUUUCUGCCACUUUCCCUCGCCAAAUGGAAGCCUUAGCUAGACGAAUUCUCCAGAAACCCAUUGAAGUGCAAGUGGGAGGGAGGAGUGUCGUCUGUAAGGACGUCUCACAGCAUGUGAUUAUCCUGGAAGAGGACAACAAGUUUUUCAAGCUGUUGGAGCUGCUGGGCUUGUACUCUGAGCAAGGGAGCGUCCUCGUCUUUGUGGACAAACAGGAGCACGCCGACGACUUGAUGAAGGACCUUCUGAAACACGCCUACACCUGCUUGUCCUUACAUGGAGGCAUUGACCAGUACGACAGAGACAGCAUCAUUAACGACUUCAAGACAGGAGUCAUUAAACUACUGGUGGCAACGUCGGUAGCUGCUCGUGGCCUUGAUGUGAAGCAGCUCAUCCUAGUGGUCAAUUACAAUUGCCCAAAUCAUUACGAAGACUAUGUGCACAGAUGUGGACGGACUGGGCGUGCUGGAAACAAGGGGUUUGCGUACACUUUCCUAACAUCAGAACAAGGUCGUUAUGCAAACGACAUCAUCAAAGCCCUGGAGCUGUCCGGCUCUCCUGUGCCCCCUGAUCUGACAGCUCUGUUUGAGACAUACAAAGAGGAAGCUAAAGCUGCGGGCAGAACAGUCAAAAGCUCCAGUGGAUUUCAUGGAAAGGGAUUCAAAUUUGACGAGACAGAAGCUCAACUUGCUGAUGAUCGGAAGAAGCUACAGAAGGCCGCGCUGGGCCUGCACGACUCUGACGACGAGGACAGUGGUGUAGUCUCUAUUGACCAAAAGAUUGAGGACAUGUUUGCAAGCCGUAAGCGUGUGACUGACGUAGCUAAGCCCAUGGUCAACCAGCAGGCCGCCCCUACUGCAGUGCCGCUGAUUCCCGGCCUGGGCAACAGUAGUAACACCAAUCAGCACAAGUUGGAGCUGGCUCGGAAGCUGGCCGCGCGCAUCAACUACCAGAAGAACCUGGGCCCUGAAGCGCAGGACAUCAGCCAGCAGGCGGCCAUCGCCAUUAUGAAGGGAGAGUCUGUGGUCGUGCCGCAAGUAGCCUCCAAGACUAUAGCAGAACAGCUUGCAGAGAAGCUGAACGCUCGCUUGGGUUACCGGCCGCACUCGGAGGAGGAGCAGAUCAUGGAGCAGAACUCUGGUGGGGAGACCUUCAAGCGGUACGAAGAGGAGCUGGACAUCAACGACUUCCCACAGACAGCUCGCUGGAAAGUCACCUCCAGGGAGGCUCUGGCCACAAUAUCGGAGUUCUCUGAGGCGGGCAUCACUGUGAGAGGCUCGUACUACCCACAAGGCAAAGAGCCCAAGGAAGGGGACCGGAAGUUGUACCUGGCUAUCGAGGCCACCAACGAACUGGCCAUCAGCAAGGCCAAGGCUGAAAUCAUCCGCCUGAUUAAGGAGGAACUUAUCCGACUGCAAAAUUCAUACCAACCAAUCAACCGAGGCCGCUACAAAGUGUUGUAGUCUUUGGUGCGGUUUGCAGAAGCAGUGCUUGAGACGAUGCCUGGAAAAUGUCUUGUCUUGUGUUGAAACAACAUGCAUGUUCUGUGCGACUGAGUGGUUAGCAAGUGCAAGUCUUGAGAAUGUCGAGAAGAGAAUAUGUAAUAUAGAAUUUGUUGUUUUGUAAUGCAUGACUGUGACUAGUUUUACUGCAUUUCAUGUAUCUAUAGUUUCGGAAGAAAGAAAUUGUGGCGAGGUUCGAAUGUGUGAAUUCAUGCCUUCUUAUGUCUGAACUUCUGUGGAUAAGAAGGUGUAAAAGUUUGAAAGCCUGAAUUCAUACCUUCUGAUGUAUGGCUGGAUCAUAUGAAAAAAUAUGGCUUGUUA